CGUUCUGCGCUUUGAGUCUAACCGGCACUACCCCCGCCUCUCACUGGCCUCGAGCACCAGCUCCAGCUCGGGUUUGCUUGCUUGCACGGCGAGCGAGAGAGAGAGAGAGAGAGAAAGCGAGUGAAGUGAGUGAAGUGAGUAGGUGCUGCUGCUCUCCCUCGCUCAGCUGGAGCUGUUGUGCAUGCAGCAUAUAGCAUUAUCUGGAGCACGGAGCUGGAGGACGAAAGUAAACGAGGGCGAGAGGAAGGAUCGUCUGUCACUAUCACUGGCUGGAUUGCACCCAGAGAGAAGAAGAAACUCAUAGAGAGCUCAGCACAGCCACAAAUCGGACCUCUUGUCUUGGGGCUUUGAAGGAAGGAGGACGAGGAGCACGAGGCUCUUGAGGCUGCUCUCUCUCGUCUGUUCGUUUGCCGUGCCGUUCUUUCGAGUGGCACUAACAGACGACGACGACUUCUGCUUCAGCUUUCUGCUUGCUCUGCUUCGACUCCUGCCCCCGCUGCAUGACGCAGGAAGCUGCGUGGGGCUCUGGACUACCGCUUCGGCUCCUUUGGCCGUCGUUUGACAGAGCAGAGUUUUGAGAGGGUUUAUGUUGGCGCGAGGUGACGUCAGGGACCGCAGACUCGACGCAGCAGCAGGUGCCUGGAGGAGGAGGUUUAUCCGAGGAUCGAUCAACAUCAUCAUCGCCCGGACAGCAGAAGGAAGGACUGGAGACAAGAGACGCGUGCACUCGAUCUCACUCUCCCUCUCGCAGUCGCCGCAUGAUGCGAUUCGGCGAAACAUGCUCCUCAGUCGUUUGAGAGUGCACGCAGUGGUGGCGAGCCCGAGCCGAAGCACGGGGAGUCGAGAGACACGAGUGGUGGCCGGUGCUCCAUAGGCUCGUCGGCCGAGUAGUAUGCUGCUCAUCAUGAACCGGGUCGGCGGAGCUGCUGCUGCUGCUACCUCCAUCUCCAAUCGCGCCAUGACGCUCUUCCUGGCGUUGUUGCUCGUCGCGGCGAUUUCGCUGCAACCAGCUGCGGCCGAAAUUUAUCUGGUCCGCAUGUCCGGCGCUCCCGUGUCGGCGUACACAGGCUCCGUGCCCGGCUUCGCGGCCACUGCCGCCCAAGGAGGCAAGCGAGCUGACAUUACAAGCGCCGCGGUGCAGUCCUAUGCGAAAUUCGUUGUUGCCAAGCAGGAUGAGCUCUUGGCGACCACUCUGGAGACUGGGACUUACAAAAAGCUCUACAGUUUUCACUACCUCCUCAAUGGCUUCUCUGUACAGAUGUCGCCUGACCAGGCUAGAAUUCUGGCAGCUACCGAUGGAGUACUCCAGGUUGAACAAGACUUGAAGGUCCAAAAGAUGACCACUCAUACCCCAGACUUUCUUGGUGUCAGUGGCGGUGUGUGGCCUCGCGUGGGUGGAUAUCAAAACGCAGGAGAAGGCGUAGUUAUUGGAAUCAUCGACACGGGUAUAGAUCCCACUCAUCCAAGCUUUGCCAGCAACACAGAUCGACCAUACGGCUACAUUGAGGGUUUCUCUGGAACCUGUGAAGAAGCUCCUGAGUUUCCCAAAGGUUCUUGUAACGGCAAGAUUAUUGGAGCCAGACACUUCGCUGGAGCUGCUAUAGCCGGCGGAGACUUCAAUGCUUCUCGUGAUUACGCAUCUCCAUUUGAUGCCGAUGGACAUGGAAGCCAUACUGCCGCAACUGCCGCAGGUAACCACGGUGUGCCAGUUGACGUAAAGGGAUACAACUACGGAUACGCCAGCGGCAUGGCUCCUCGUGCUAGGAUUGCAGUCUACAAGGCGCUGUACCCUUUUGGAGGGUAUAUCUCAGACGUUGUUGCAGCUGUCGACCAGGCUGUCCAGGACGGAGUCGACAUUGUUAGUCUUUCAUUAGGGCCCACGAGCGCUCCACCCGGAGUUUCCACAUUUCUCAACGUCUUUGAUGUUGAGCUUUUGUUCGCGGUGAAAGCCGGAGUGUUUGUGGCCCAAGCUACGGGGAACAGUGGACCAGCCCAAACGAGUAUUCUUUCAUUCAGUCCAUGGAUUACAUCGGUGGCUGCGAGUAUCACUGAUAGAUCAUACUCCAAUACUAUAGUUCUCGGCAAUAGUUACUCCAUCAAGGGAGUGGGUCUUUCUCCACCCACUCCGAACUCCAGUCCCAUCCGAAUGGUAUCUGCUUUAGAUGCCUUUGCGGGCAACAGCUCAUUUGUCAAUGUGGAUGAGUGCCAGCAACCAGGAGCAUUCAACAGAGAUUUAGUGCAGGGAGCAGUUCUCCUGUGCGUUUACUCCUUCAGUUUCGAGUUUGGAUCUGCUUCAGUGAAGCAGGUGGCAGAUACUGCUAAAGAAUUGGGCGCUACAGGUUUUGUCUUGGUGGCCGAUCCUCAAUUAGGUAGCGCAUCUAAAGCAGAUCCGUCUCCACUUCUGAUACCUGGCAUAGUGGUGACAGAUCUCAACGCUUCUUUGGCAAUCUUGAGAUAUUACAAUGAAUCCACCAUCAGGGAUGCAACCGGUUCAGUGAAGAGCUUUGGAGCUAGUGUCGUUAUCGGAGAUGGGCGCGACGCAGCGUUUGGAUCAGUAGCACCAGUAGUUGCGACUUUUUCCUCUCGAGGACCUGAUAUUCUUAACAGCCAAUCCCAGCUGGCAGACGUUUUGAAACCUGACAUCAUGGCACCAGGCUAUCUAAUUUGGUCGGCUUGGAGCCCAAGAGGUGCUGACGAAAGCAACUUCUACGGAGAAAGGUUCGCUAUGCUUUCCGGGACCAGUAUGGCUACCCCUCACAUCGCCGGAAUCGCAGCUCUUAUCAAGCAAGCUCACCCUGAGUGGAGUCCUGCUGCCAUAACAUCGGCCCUGAUGACUACGGCGAAUGUAUAUGACAAAGACGGGAAACCCCUCCUAGCUCAAAACCCCACUAGUAAUUUCUCAUCUUCCAUUGGACCCGGGACGGCCUUCGACUUUGGAGCUGGUUCGGUGAAUCCCACAAAUGCUCUUGACCCGGGUCUCAUAUUCGAAGCAGCUUUCGAGAACUACAUCGACUUCCUAUGCGUUGUUCCAGGAGUCGACCCUGCUUCAGUUCGUGACUCCACGGGUGCCGCGUGCGGGACCAAAUCUCUGAGCUGGGCCUCGGACCUCAACAAACCGUACAUCACCAUUGCCAAUUUAGUCGGUUCUAGAACUGUCACCAGAACCGUGACGAACGUACACUCAGAAACUGAAACUUACAAGGUUUCCAUUGAUCGUGAACCGCCCGGUGUUGCAGUGACGAUCAAUCCCACUUCCUUUACUGCCAAAUCCGGUGAAACCAUCCCCCUCUUCAUCACCCUCAGGGCCACCACGAGCACUACCAAUGUCUUCAGUUUCGGUUCAAUCGGGUUGACUGGGAGUUUAGGGCACUACAUCCACAUGCCCCUUUCGGUGUCUCCGAACUCUGCUGUAAGCUAGGCCAAUUUUUUCACCGAUAUAUUUUUGGUUGGGAAAGCACUCUCCAGCUAGUUGUUAACAGCUGGGCCAGUUUGGCAACAGGAGACAGGGUGUUUUUCAGUGAACCGUGUACACUACUAAUUGGCGAGUAGGAUACCAUGAAUGAGUCAGUCAACCCUUCUAACCAUGCGGGUAAAGUAGCAAAGUCUAUAAAGGUAGAAUCCAGAUGCAGUGAAUAAAUCCUUCCGUUAUCAAUUUAUGCACUCCAAAUUCAAUAAAGUACAAGUAGACGAUCACUUUCAUUUCCAUC